AUGAAAUGCAAGCUUACGGACGUUUUGCUACCUCUUGGAUCCAACUUUCGCCUCUUCGACAACGCCAUGAGCGUGUGGAUUCAUGAUCUGCAGACACCGCUCACACUCACCCAUUUAUGUCUCCUACAUGUGCCGAGUGGUCUCGGUGCGAAGGCAAUGCCGACCAGUACACCAACCCCGACCUGUCCCCAAGGCCCAUCUUCGUACGAAAUUGUGGCUAGUCGGCGGAAGUGCCCUUCGGAUAUUUCUGUUCACGAGUUCGAGGCCCUUCAACGUCUCCAGUCGGGGACAUCGUGCAGGUGGCCAACAAUGGCAGUGGAGCUCGGCUGUUCCAACCUCAACUUUGGCAAAGAAGAUGUGUCGAUGUUAUUUGUUGGCCUAGCACAUCAAGCAGGCCCGCUUCUACCGGCGUCUGGGGAGCUCACCACAGCACCUGUGUCGCACAAAGACGCUCUGGGUGUUGUGCAUGGCUUUUUUCUAGACGACAACUUUCGCAACUGUGUCUUGUGCGAGAUUGAGAAGCGCCUCUUUGGCAUUGGGUCAAACGAAGGACCAUACAGUGCAAGAGCUCUCUUUUAUGUUACUCCCGUUUGA